AUGGUGGGCCCUGGCGUGGUGGGGGGCUGCGGCGGGGGGCUCUCGGCCCGUCUGGGCUGCUCUGUCAGCGAGCGGGACGUGGGCAGGGGAGAGACCUUCAGCGCUGAGUGGCUGGACCUGGAGCUCAGCACCCGGCCCGAGGAGCGGUGGUGCCGGCGGGAGGUGGACACGGCGCGCCGGGAGUCGCUGGAGCAGCGCGGGGCCGUGCGGGUGCUGCAGCAGCGCUCGCCCUGGGGGCUGCUCCGGGUGGGGGUCCUGGGGCAACCCCUGGCCCAGCACCUCCUGCCCUACGCCCGCACCUUUCCCGUGCCCCUCUUCGCCCCCCCAGACCUCCGCGGAGCCAAGGGGGGGCUCCCCCGGACCCUCUCCCGCUCCCUCUCCCACGAGGCCCAGCGGGGCUGAGCGGGGACAGGGGACGGGGCGGGGGGGUGGGGUCGGGGUUGGGGGGACACGAGGCUGAUUUUGGGGGGCUGGGGGGACCCAGAGACCUGGGUCCGCUCAGCCACCCCGAAGAGGCAGCGCAGGAGG